GUUUAGCUCCCCAGAAACCCUCAACAACCAAAGCAUCGCGCUCACGGAUUCAUGAUUCAUGAUGUUCAACUUCCAGAACUUUGACGAGGUCUUCUUCUUUGAUUCGGACGCGUGUUAUGAUGCCGCGCUCUGCGAUACCAUCGUUGCAAACCGGAAGCAGUUGGAGGGUUUAUUGAUCGAUAAUGUUUUGAAGGACGGGGGCAUCAAGAGACGUGAGUACUUGCAGUGCAGUUCUGCGAUUCUUCGAUAUAGUCAAUCCACGUACUGAUUUUUCUAGCUGCUAAAUACUAUCCCCCCAAGAACAAUGCCGACAUGCGCGCACUCCAUAAAGCCAUCAUUGAAUCCACGUUCCCAGAUCAAGCCAAAGUAUCGGUGCUCUAUUACAUUCUUCUCCACUUCGAUGCGUCUACUGGUGGACGUGUAAUCUCCACUGCAUUCGAAGAAAGUGCCUUCCUUCCCAAGAAAUAUCAGAUCACCAUGAAGGGUUUAUUACAUUUCGAUCAGCGAGAGUUCAAGGUCCGCUUUCGUUCCCAACUAUCACAGUGACCUGGGCAUUGACGAUGGAACAGGAAGCUCUGGAAUACCUCACACACCCAUCCAUCAUACCCGAAUACACCGAGCACACCUUAGAGAAUCUAGUCAAAUAUGGCGUUGAAUGUUCCAGAACAGAAGGCAAAGAAGACUUGACAUUAGCUCUAACCUACUACCACAGCCUUCAACCUGUAUUGAAAACCCUUAGCGCUGUGGAACAUCUGUUCUCAGCAAUUGCUAGAACGAGCGUGACGGAGGCAUUCUACUUUUGUCGGGGUCAGCCGGAACACAUGCAACGGCAUAGUUUCGAAAUGCUCAUCUCCGUCGUCCUUCAAAACUCCACGCCAGAAACGAUCGCUGAUCGAGGUAUUGAGCUCAUCAAUCUUCCAUUUAGCAAGGAAGAGGAAUCCUGGUUUGAGGAGUAUCUCCUACGAGGCGGGGGGCACGGUCUCAGGAAGGCAAAGGAUAUCGUGAUACUUAGACACAUUGCAACUGGAAAGUUUGAAGAAUCUUUAGAAGUGAAAACAGCUAAUACUCGGACGGUCAAUGGGUUGAACUGGAACACACUUGCAAAUGGUGUUGAGUAUGGACUAGGCCCUCGACUGGACGUGAUGAGCUGAUUUCGGGUAUAAAAAUCUGCUCCAUAGUAUGGAGGAGUUUGAUGUUGAGAUAUUGACUUACUCCUUGUACUUGUAUUCCUAAUGAUACCCCUGCAAAACUGAAGCACGGACCUUACCAUCUAGAAGAGCAACAAAUGGAGAGACAUCAAAAUAGAAGAGAAAAGCGUUGAUUUCUUUGACCUUGAACAUCUUUCUGGUCAAACGAUUUUUCAUAGUGAAUUAUACCAAAUAUCCUCAUACCCAAAUUUAAAGAAGCUUGCAGUUACUUUUACAGUGUAACAUCAUACUGUACUGGGUGGCCCCCUGUGAAGCACAGAGCCGCUAAUGCCUCUCCCCUGCGCUAAGGCUGCACUCCACUGUAGACACCUAGCCUUCCCGUACAAGUACAUCACUCUAUCGCAACAAUUAAAUACCCCAAUUUUCAAGACUGGCGUGUCUGCGAGCAGCUCACCUAAUCAAGCAACAAUAUAAACUCUUGGAUGAUCUAACCUUAGGAAGACAAAUACUAUGUCAACCUUGGCUGAUGCCGCGGUGGCCGAAGCCACAAACACAAACAACGAUGACCACCAAACAUCUAUACAGGAUGGUGACAACAAAUUUCAGAAAGCUAUAUCGGCAUGGCGAAGUCAGUCUCUCUAUUCAAGCUCGAAAUCUCAUUGCUAACCUUUAUAGCGAUUGAUCUGACUUCACUGAUCCCUAGUCUGGACAACACCGCAUCGGAAAUCGUCCAGUACCAACGAGAUUCCACCGUCCAGCGCAAAGACUUAGCACAGAAAACGAAGGAUUUCCGGAAAUUAGAUGAUGCGGGGAAACUUGCUGAGGUCAAAGGGUUGUUGAAAGGUAGGCUUACUUGGUCUAGCACAGAAGGAAUUGCGCUUAGAAUUUUAUUGCAGCCUAUCAAACUUUCAUCGAUUUACUCACGAACCAUUCGAAAUCGACCAAUUCUGCUUUCUUGCAAGUUUAUUCCUCGCUAUCAGAGGCCCCAGAUCCAUAUCCUUUACUGGAAGCGUCGGUCGACUCGCUCCUAUUGUCCGAAGACACCCUCCCAAAGGUUACUCAAGAAAAUGAGCAUCUGCAGAAAAGUGUCAGUAAGCUCACAUCGCAAUUGGAGGAAACAGAAGCAAGACUAGAAACUGAAAGGUCUGCGCGCCGGACUUUGGAAGAGGGGCUAGACACCAAAGUCAAGGAGGUUGAGACAUCUUGGGCGGCAGUAUUAGAAGAGAAAAAAGACAACUGGGAAGCGAAGGAGAAGCUUUUGGAGGAUAAGGUUGAAACCCAGGACAGGCUUCUCACGGAGAUCAAGGCUAGCUACGAGGUCACGCAACGACUUGGGCAAGCAGAUGGGGACGAAAACGACGCAGGGCGUGGUCACGUCACGAGCGCUGAGCUGGAAAUGGUCAAUUCCGACCUUGAACGGACAAGUGUGCGAUUAGCAGAAGUGGAAGCACGCAACGAACAGCUUUUGGUUGAGCUUGCGCAAUCAGCAUCACAAGUUCCAAGCCAGCCAGCUCUGAAUUUAGAAGAUGACCCAGGAUACAUGCGACUUCGGUCUGAAAACUCUUCAUUGUUGAGGAAGGUAGAUGCAGCUCGAGUCGAAAAAGACGCCAGGAAAAGGGAACUUGAUAGCAAAAUGCGUGCUUUAGAACGAGAAACUGCACUGUUGAAAGAUGAGCGGGAUGCUCUUAAAUCCAAGGUACAAAAAUGGAGUGAUUAUGAGGAUAUCAAGCAGGAACUUGAAGUUCUCAAGAGUAUAGAGUUCUCGACGGGAGAUGACGAUGAGCUUGAUUUACCGGAAUCAGCAGCCAACGUCACAGAUGGGAAAGUGGAGAAUGGAUCCUCUGGGCGCCCCAAGGGCGAUACCCUGGAACAGCUUCUGUUGGCCAGAAACAAAAAGUUGAGUGAUGAACUCACGAUUCUAAGAGUUUCUCACCAGGACUUACAAAACCGGCUACAAGCAAUGCAGGAAGAGCUUUCUAAGACCAAUGGGGAGCUCGAAAGAGCUCAACAUCUCAACGCUACAUUGGAAAAUGACCUUGCCAAUGUACAGCAAGAGACAGCCAAUGCAUACCCGUCAGGUGUUUCUGUCGCGGGCACAUACGUAAGUCGCUAUCCGCAAUCUUCAGCCAACGUGAUAGGAGGACGUAAAGGGCGGAUCUCGCCAACUUCAUCUAUAAUCUCUGGCUUUGAUCCUCGUUCUGCAUCGCUAGGCACGACGUCCCUUGAGGCCCUACGAUCAGGGGAGCCUGUUGGCGGGGGAUCUGGUAUUUUGCCCAUGAUCACCGCGCAGCGCGAUCGUUUCAAGAAAAGGAAUGUGCAACUUGAGAAUGAACUUUCAGAAACACAUCGCACGGUAUCGUCGCUGCGACAAGAGAUUGCGUCGUUGCAAAAAGACAAUCUGAAUCUCUAUGAGAAAACGAGAUAUGUCUCGACCUAUAAUAGAGGCGCACCUACAGCAUCUUCUGCAUCAUCCUAUGCCAGUAAUCCCAAUCCAUCGACAGUCCAGAUGUCAUCAUCCACUUCAUCUGGAUUAGCACUGGAUCGAUAUCGGUCGGCUUACGAGUCAAACAUAUCUCCUUUUGCGGCAUUCCGAGGGCGGGAAUCUGCUCGAGCAUAUAAGCGAAUGAGUCUGCCCGAACGGGUUGUAUUUUCCAUUACGAGAAUGGUGCUAGCAACGCGUUCAAGCCGGAACCUGUUUGCCGGAUAUUGCGUGGCCUUGCAUGUUCUCGUCUUCUUUUCCUUGUACUACACCAUGACGGGAACGGCUACCGCUGCCGCUGGACCUCUAGCAGCCAAGGUUGCGGGGGAAGCCUCGAAGGCUGGGAAGGAUACAGAUUGGCACCAGGAGGGGUUCAGCGGCAAGGGAUCUUAGCUCUGUUGGGGUUGCUGGUGACAAUUGAAAGAAAAGAGGGGCGGGGAUGGAUGGUUAUUUACCAAUUUUUCAAUAUUUGCUACUUGGCGAUGUUGUGUACCAGGACGGCGGGCAGCAAGCAUGUUUCUGUACUCUAUCUGUAG